AUAUUUGGAAUUUUAAGGUCAUGUUCAUGCACUAAAAUAGUUUAUGAGAAGUUAUUUAAUCUUGCAGGAAGUAGAAUGUCAACAACGCGACAACUUGUAUUAAGCUGCUUUAAAAAUCUUCAUAGAGCGUGUGGGCAAGUAUUCGGCAACGAUUAUAAAGCCUUAAUUGAAGCAAGAAAAAAAGUAAAUGAAGAGUUUAGGAAAAAUUUACAAUUGAAUAAUGAAGAUGAAAUAAAAGAAAAGAUACAAUUCGGUGAUGAUGCUUGUGAGUUUUUAAAAACAAUGGUUAUUCAAGCGGAGGGUGAUGGAAAAAAUAGCUUUAAAUUAAAUAUAACAAAGGACACAACAAUGUUAGAAAAUGUAAGCUAUGAUCCAGAAGCAGUUGAUAAAGCUUAUGAAAACAAGAAAAAGCAAAGAAAAACUAAGAAGUGA